CCCUGCGCUCAGCGGCCACAGAGCGCGCCAGUUUCCGCUCGUCUCUCCGGUUGCUGGGCGCCAAAACAAACUCACGCUCUGUUUGAGCAGAACACAAUUACAGACGCGAGGGUAAAUAUUUGCUCAGAAAACACAGAUCCACACGAGCGGAGGCUAUAAAUGAGCAAACCGCUAAUUAUCCAUAACGAGAAACGGACAGCACGACUUCAUGAGCCACAUCCAUCCAGCAGUGCACGUUUACAGGAUGGCAGCAGGUGUGAUCAGAAAUCUAAGUAAUCUGGGUUUGGCGAAGCCCUUCCCUCCCUGCUUCUUUCUGGCUGAGGAUGAAGAGGAGACUGAGGAAGAGUAUGAAGAGGACCUGAGAGAGGACAGUCUGGAGGAUGAUGAUGAUGAUGAAGGAGGAGCCAAUCAUGAUGAAGAAUCCCAGAGUUUUGAUUCCUCCUCAAAUAACAGUGAAACGACCACCCAGCUCCUGCGCUUCGCUGAGCUUAUCAGUAGCGACGUCCAGCGAUACUUCGGCCGGAGCACAGAUCCCGACGCCUGUGACAUUUACGCAGAGAGACCUUGUCCCAAAGUCAGCGGCCGCCAGCGCUACUAUGCAGACUUCAUAAAGGUGGCAUCUUCAGGGCCGCCGGAGCAGCCGGAGCCACUGGGGCCCCUUGCGGAGCUCUUCCAGGAGGCUCAGAAGAAAGGCCGGGGGUUACCGAUGAAUCAGCGCCGCCUUCCUGUCAGCUUCUGGACGGAGCCUGUGGCACAGCAGCUCCAUGGGUUAAGCGAAAACUGUAAUUCAGACAUGCAGGAGCCCUCGCUUGGCCUGAUCCACAACACUGAGGGCUCCAUUGGCAUGUUCAGCACCGGCAUGAGCAGCUCCAGCCUCUCCGGGACGCUCAGCAGCUCCAGCACUCCAGACUUCAGUGAUUUACUUGCUCACUGGGCCACAGACAGAGACAAUCCUGCUGAGUUCAGCUGCGACUACCAGAUAUCAUAACCAAUGCACAAAGAAGAUCACAUGCUUAAAGAGAUUCACCCAAAAAUGAACAUUUACUCACUAUUCACAUACAAUCAGUGGUUUCAAACCUU